ACUUAUUCAAUCACUUUGUACAGCCUUUGUUUCCUUCAGCCUGUAGCUGUAAAUUGGAUGGUACAACGCCAUCUUUCGAAAUAAAAUAAAAUUUAAUAUAUUAAUCUUGACAGUUUGAGCAAAAGAAGUAGCAGAAUACAUCGAUUAAUAACACAAUAGUGUCAGUUGUAAUUGUAAAAUGGAGUUACUUUGUAAUAUUGUCUUAUAGUUGACUAAUAAAUGUGGUGUUUAUUAAACACGUUCUUUCAAAUUCCGAUGCUUUCUACGCAUGCGUACAGCUGUUUACUACGUCAGUGCCAGUCGUCACUCGUCAGAGCCAGCUGUCAGAGAUGAAUAGGUCACCUCCGGCGUUAGUGCAUUGCUUUGGUGAAAAACUUGAGAAAAGUGCACAUAGGUAAAGAAAAUUUACUUCGGCAUUAGCAAAUCUCGACUACAGUACUUUUUUAAAAACAAAGUUUGAUGCUUAAAAAAAUAUAAGUUACAUCUACGUUUUAUAAUAGUAUUGUCAAUAACUUUUUUACACAGCAUAGUUGUAAAUUACUAUUACAACCAUAGAAGCGACAUUUGUGAUUCGGUAAACAAUUUCUUUGCCUAUUUUCGGUUAAUUCAAUUCAACUUUUGGAUCCAAACUACACAAUUGUUAAAGUUCAUCAUUAUACAUGUUUACAAGUUAAAUAACUUCAAAAAUUCAUAUUUCUGAAUAUGGUGUUCAUUAAGAAGAUAUCUAAGUAUUAUAUUAACCUUACAAUCAAGUUCAUCAUCUCUGUUCAGAAGACAUGCAAUUAAUCAACAAUUAUUUAAAGAAUGAAAAUUAGAUUAUAUUAGAAAAAGGAAUUCUCCCUUUUGUUGUUGACAAACAGUUUAGUCUAUUUAAAUUAAAAAAUAUUUUACAAUGGAGCGUAAAAUUGAUGAUUUGCCAGAUGAAAUCUUGGAAUAUAUUUUAAGCUUAAUACCACCUUACAAAGAUUUACAAGAAUGUAUGUUUGUUUCAAAAAGAUGGUUUCAAGCAACAAAAAAUGUCAUUGAACACAGUAAAGCACACUUCCAAAAAUCAAUUGCCUUAGGAUCAUUAUUUUGGAAUUCUGAUUCUGAUGCAGCAUGGGGACAAACAAUAGCAAAAAGACAUUCGCAUUCAGCUUGUACAUAUGAAAAUUCUAUGUAUGUUUUUGGUGGUUGUACAGCAACUAGCACAACAUUCAAUGACUUAUGGAAGUUGGAUCUUGAUACUCGAAAAUGGGAAAGACCAACUACUAUGGGAAGCUACCCAUCUCCAAAAGCUUGUGCCACUAUGUUGUAUUAUAAAAAAAAUUUUAUAUUAUUUGGUGGGUGGUCACAUCCUUCUCCAUAUCCAUUGCAUCAACAAUGGAAACUCUUUAAUGAACUACAUGUUUAUUGUAUUGAAUCUAAUCGAUGGAUUGCCAUUAAUGCUCUAGAAACUCCUCCUCCUACCUCAGCUCACUCCGCAUCCAUUCAUGAUAAUCUUAUGGUUGUUUUUGGUGGUGUUGUUAAUGGAUAUAGUUCUAACGAAGUAUGGCGCUUAAAUUUGGAUACUUAUUGUUGGCAAAAACAAGUUACGUCUAAUUUAAAACCUCAACCUCGGUAUGGUCAAUCACAAAUUCCAAUAGAUGAUAAACAUCUAUUAGUUCUUGGUGGGUGUACUGGUCCAAAUGUCGCUAUGAAUGACGCUUGGCUUUUGACAAUAGAAGACCCAAUUUGGACUUGGAAAAAAAUCAACAUGCGUCAUACAGAAGCUGCACCAACGCGAAUCUGGUGUCAUCAAGCUUGCAAAGUAGGGAAUCACAUAAUUGUACUAAGUAAAAGAAAAAGACAAUCACAACCUAGUGGAAUGAGUAUAUCUGUGGGCAAGCCAGCAAAUCCAUCAAACAAUCCUCAAACAUUAUCCCGAGACAGACAACGAUCUCUACGCGAAAUUGAUCGAGACGAAAAUGUGAACGGUCGUCGGGGUUAUCUCCAAAGGUCAGCUUUCCGAAACGCGCCGUCGUCAACAUCUAACUCACCAAAUGUACCAGUUUACGAUAGCAAUUUAAGUAUGGCUGCGUUUAGAGAUGAACCAGUUAGAAAUAAUUCAGCAGCUAUACGCCAAAUACAAUUGGAAUUUUUGCGACGAGCUGAAGAACGACUUCAAAGCCGCAAAGCGCAAGCUAAAGUUUCUAGGAAAAAUGAAAGUACAUUAGCCAUCUACAUACUGGACAUCAGUAAUGUAUUGUGUGACGAGUGUUCUGCGUCUUGGGUUCCUAUUAGACAUAAUCAGGAAACUGGACCAGAUGAGAGGAUACUUUAUUCCUUAGUUCUUGGGAGAGGAGAAUUGAUAGUAUUCGGGGGUAUUAGACAAGAGCUCAAUACAGUACAAGGACAAACGGAAAUUGACGCUUCUCAAGUGUAUAAUGAUCUUCAUUUUAUAAAUCCACCUAAAUAUGUUAUCUAAUGUUAUAUUUCAAUAAGGAAAAUUACUUAAAAAUUUACGUUAUUAUUUAUUUAGUCUAAUAUUUCUAGAUAAUAAUUGUUGAAAAUCAAAGUCAACAUUUUUUGUCAUUCAUUAAUAAACUUGGAAAAAUGAACUGUUCGAAGGACAGCGAAAAUACAAAGCUAAAGUUUUUUGU